UUGACAAGAAAAUGAGAAAGAAGAAAGGGAAGUUCACAAGGUUGGAGUCCCUGAUGGGUCUUGACAGGAGCCACAUAGAGGACGAGACACUACGCAAUGCCUUGUGGUACCAGGCCGGUAUACCCAGGGAUGUUGCCCUGGAGAUCCUAUCCCAGGAAGACAUCGGCUCCUUCAUUGUGCGAGACAGCUCCACCCAUCCAGGCUGUUUUGCCCUCUCCGUGCGGGUGCCGAAGUUCUCCAACCCAUCCGGAAUCUCACACUAUCUUAUUAUGAAGACUGCAGACGGUGUUAAGUUAAAGGGCCUGGACAAGGAGUGGUCCAAUGUGGUAUCGCUGGUGACGCACCACAGCAUCAUGGCGGAGAUGUUACCCUGUACGCUGAAGGUGCCGCGUGACACGACCAACCCUGCCUUCAAGAACUGUGAUAAGGACGACAAGGAGGAGGACCCGGACUACCAAAGGCUUGCAGACUUUUCUUCCAUGAUGGAGGCCUUGAAAGAGUGACCUCGGACAAAAAAGACAUUUAAACGCAACUUUAAGAAGUUAAGGCAACUUCGGAAAGUGGAGCACCUUGAAAUUGUGUCCUUUGGAAAAAUUGAACUUGAAAUGGUGACCUUGAAACUGGAAAUGAGAAACUUUUAGCUUUGAAAAUAACUGACCUUCAUGCUUUGUUCCGAAAACAUGGUCAUUGAGAAAGUGACUGUGGAGGCUAUGUCCUUUUGGUUUUGUCCUUGACUGUGAGAUUUGGCCCCUUAAAACAGUAACCUUGAAAUAGGUACUUGAAGGAGUGACAUUCAAAGAGCAGCCUUGAAACUUGGGGCUUCAGGCCUUUACAGAAUGACAUUUAAAUAGUCACAUUUGAAGGGAUAGUCUUGAAAAUGAACCCUGAAAAAAUGAUAUUCAACAAAUAAUUUGGAGACGU